GCACACGCUCUCCACCCAUGUCAUGUGAUCUGAGCUCAGGGCAGAGUCUGAGAAGUGCUGAGUCGCUGUGAGAAGUUCCUUCCACACAGCACACACAGGGAGCAUGCAGGCUGGCAGGAUAGAUGGACGCCCUGAUGGAUGGGUGGAUGUCUCCGAAGCAGGCAAGGAGAGGAGGAGAAGGCACUUUCUUAGCAAGAAAACCUGGCUUUUAUCCUCUGCUACUCUUGCUGGAUUUUUAAAUAAAAGACAAGCAAAGAUCCAAGACGCUCUUAUGACUCCCUCUGAAUUUUCUGUGACCAGGCAAGUUUUUACCACUUGAGUUCGUAGUAAUGUUAUUUAGGUUUUUCUGUCAGGAUAAUGGUAUCUGUACAGCAUUUUAUAAGGCCUUGAGUUUCUUUGCAGCAGAAAUAUUUUUGAUUCCAGGAAUACCAACAUGACUAGUAAGCUAGCAGUUUGGAGUAAAAAUAGCAAAAUGAAUGAAUCCUUUUUUUUUUACAACGUUUUUUUCAAUAGUGUGACUGAUCAAAGUAUAAAUUAAUAGAUUAUCUGAAAAAGUAACAAUUCAGUCUUUUGAUCCAUUUAUGUUUGAGCUGAAAAGCAGUAAAGCAGCCACGUGUUAGCAGUCGUUCAGCAGGUCCCGUAAUUCUUGUUUCAGUUAGCACAACUUGCAAGUCCAGUUCCGGAGACUCAACUCCCAUGCAUAGAUACCAUGACACUGUGGGUGUUUGUUUGUGUGUGUGUGCGUGCGUGCGAGCAUGUGCUUAACGCAUUGAAGAACUCAACCUGCAGUUUGCAUGUCAUGCUUCACUGCUUAAUGUGUCGUUUAUAGUUUUUGUGUAGACUGUAUUCGUAUAUUCAUUUUAGUGCAAAGGUCAUUUUGUUAUGUGCACACAGGACUCUUCACCACGACAGUCUCUUUCACUUCCUAGGGACCACAUGGGCAAGAUGUGUUACGAUAUACGCAUAUUGCAUUAUACAUUUUGUCAGUUUAACAGCAUUUUGCUUGUUGUGUCAUUAACAGCAACGACACAUGGCACUUUGGUGACUUUAAUUCGGUACUGGAGAGCAAACAGAUUAAAUAGGCAGGUGAACAGAAAGGAAGAAGUCCAAAUUAGAAGAUGUAUUCCCAACUUAACAUGAGAAAAAUUAGUCUGAUAUAAACUGUUCGACUGUUCUGUCCUGAUUUCCUGGAUUUUCCAUUUACUUUACUGUAUGUGCAACACUGUAGAUUAGUGUCUGCUGCUAAAUAAUUAAACAGUGGAUUUCUGUUGGCCUCUACAGUUGAGGGAUCACCAGCACAGCGUGGUUCAUACAACCCACAGCUCUAGGAGUAACCGAAUAUCCCAAUAAACACCAUCAUACACUACACAGCUUAUCUAAUUUCACACAUUUUAAUGCAUUGCCUGUCAUAUUGAAGUAAUGUUGUGAAAUUGAAAGUCAGAUUUACCUAUAAUCUGAGAUGAAUUGUUUAUGUUAGCAGCACAAAGAUGUCCUUACCUGUUUCAGGGGACUUUUUGAGCUUUAGUUCAAAGGGAGAGUUUGGAAAUCAGCAAUCUGGCAAUAUUGUGUGUCAUAUUAUCCUUCAGAUGAACUAGUGUGUUUUCCAUACACAUGUGAAGCAGACGUUUGUUAGUAAUUUAACAUUAUUUUACUGUCUUGGGUACUUGGACAAUCUCUUAUAUGCUGACAGGCCUUAAAGACCAGCUUUUAAUUCUAUUCAACCUCAUAAUUCUGUAUGGUAUGAAAUAUUUAAAAAUGAACAAAGGAAGACUCUUCUCACAUGUGUUAGUUGCACAAGUAGUCAAAGCAUCAGUUUAAGUGGUGCUGUAAAGUUUGUGUGUACCUCUCCCAGCUUCGGCUUUCCCUUUGUCUUAGAUCCUGUUGUCACCCUGCAGAGCACUACAGAACGGGAACCUGCGGGCCCUACAGUUCUUAGCAACUGUUACCAUGGCUCCCUGUCCACCCUGCCUCUUCCACUGGACAGUGCCAUUCUAUGCUAUAUUGGUGGAGUCAUGAUCGCCUAAGCUGAAGCAUUGUGGCCGACCCCUGCAUGUGACUGGCUGAUCCCCGAGGAGCAUGAGUUAUGACCUCGGUAGUGUUAGUUGACACUGGUGGGACAGUGGUGGAGUAUGUCACAGCUGAAGAGGACCCCCAGCAGUUGGAGGGUAAUUGUGAGGUAGAUGUGGAGCUGGAGGCAGAGGUGGAAGGAGAGUGUGAAGCUGAGGAGGCUUAUGACGAAUCUGAAGAAACAGACGAGGUGGAGCACUAUCCAGCAGUUAUAGUAGAGGAGGUCCCUGGGGCCAGUCUGAUUGAGGAGCAGAGUUACGCGGCACAGGUGCUGUUCUAUGAUGACGAAAUGUACCUGAUGCAGGAAGUGAGCGAUGAACAGGAGAUGGAGACCAAAGAGGAAGAAGUGGAGGCGUCUGUUCACGGCACCAGUCUCCACUGCUCUGACAAAACCAUUGAGGCAGCAGAAGCCCUGCUACGAAUGGAUUCACCUUCCAGCCUCAGAGAGGGUCGAAGCCCAGAAGCUUUUAUUCCGACAUGUGUAGCGACACCAGACUUCCUCCAUGCUGCCAUGCGUCCUGACAUUAUGGCAGAGACAGAGGUGGAGAUAUCAACAGAGGACUGCUGCGAGGAGGAAGAUGAAAUAGGAACCUUGUUGGAAGAACCAGAACCAGAACCAGAACCGGAGCACGAGCCUGUACGGAAAAGAAGAGCUGGAAGGAAGCCAAAGAUACAUCAGUCAACUAUUUCUAACGGCUCACCAGAUCUUGGGAUUAAGAAGAAACCAAGAGAAGGGAAAGGGAGCACUACCUACCUGUGGGAGUUCUUAUUGGACCUUCUCCAGGACAAGAACACCUGUCCAAGGUACAUCAAGUGGACCCAGAGAGAGAAGGGCAUCUUUAAACUGGUUGACUCGAAAGCGGUGUCCAAGCUGUGGGGUAAACACAAGAACAAGCCAGAUAUGAACUAUGAGACGAUGGGACGAGCACUAAGAUAUUACUACCAGCGCGGCAUUCUUGCUAAAGUAGAGGGACAGCGGCUGGUUUACCAGUUUAAAGAGAUGCCCAAAAAUAUUGUGAUCAUCGACGAUGACAAGGCAGACAUGUCUUCCCCCGAGCAUCUGAUUGGCUCAGACACUGCAGCAUCCUAUGAGCGUGUUCCCCCACAUUCAGACAUGCUGCUCCAGUCGACCGAGCUGUCAUCGUCCAAGAAGCCCAACAUCCUGCGGGUCGCUAACAGAGCCAACAUGGUGCAUACAUCUGUCACCACUGGAAGCAAGACAGCCGGAGCCGGUGCAGCAGUGUCAGCAGGUGUUCCACGGAUAGUGACAGUUUCAGCACCCCCAGAUGCAAACCAGGCCCAGCAGUCUCACACAGCUGUCAUCUCUAAUCCAACUGUGCCCAGGACAGUGCGGGUGGCUAUGCAGGUGCCUGUCGUCAUGACAACAUCACUGGGUCAGAAAAUCUCGACACUUGCUGUGCAGCAGCCGGCAGGAACAACAGGAGCAGCUGGUCACACCACCCUCCUCACUAAUACUUCUGCUAUUGGUGGUGCUGCAGGAAACCCCAAUUCACAACAGAAGGUUGUGAUCCAGACCAUCCCUACCAUGGUCCCGGCCACAGCAGAGAAUGGAGACAAGAUCACUGUCCAGCUGGCUAAGAUCAUUACCAUCCCCGCUCAUCAGUUAGCUCAGUGUCAGCUCCAGACGUCCACAGGCACAAACAAGCCUAGCGGCAUAAGCCUUCUUGGGAGCCCCCUGGCAGUCCGGGCACUUGCACCCGUCGGUGUUGCCCCAGGUGCGCAAGUGAUGAGGCUCAAUGUGCCCACACCGACACAACCACAGACCCUGGUAGUGUCACAGUCAGGCAGCCUCACCAAUGGGGCGGGGGUCGUCACAGUAUCUGCGGCCACUCAGACAGCGACGGCACAGCCUCACAUCAUUAGCGGUGUUGUUAACGGUUCAGAGCUGGUCAUAGGCGUGCCAGCGAGUGGAGGAGUCACACUGGAGAAGCUGAAGUCUGCUGGAGUCCAGAUCCAGGCUGUGCAGGUGCCCGUAGCAGUCCAGCAGAACCAAGUGAACCCCAAAAAUGUUCACUCGCAGUGUGUGGAGGGCGAGAUAGUUGCUAAACUGGACGCACCUGAGGUGACGAUAAAGGGGGAAGAGCCCGAGUGCUGAAAGACACACAUUUAACAUUUUUCGUCUGCCACAAAGCGCUAGUUUGUACUGUUCUAAAAUGAUUUUUAUUCUCAUAAUAACCAGCAGCAGUCUGUGAGACUUUAAAGACUUGCAAAGGCCUGUUUUUUUUUGGUUGUUUUUAAUUUUUUUGUUUUUUUAAGUCCUCAUCCUGUCUUAUUUUCUUGUUAUCAAGCUGGCCUCCCUCUCAACCCCAGUUGUGUACAGAGCCCCUUCAGCACAGGACACACACUUUUAGGGGGACUCAUUGGAAACGGUGAAGGGACCAAUGAUGAUCACUACAUUUUAUACAUUCUCUGUGGAUGAAAGACCUAACCUGGGGAAGUAUAAAAAAAAAGAUGAAACACUACAAAAAUAGAGGCAAACAAUUCCAACCAACCCAAAAGUGAGAUCUGAAAAGCACAGCAGGGGUCUGGUGAGGCCUACGCAGAACACAAUUGACAGUUUGCCCUCUGUGAAGGUUAAAACCCAGAUGCUUGUUUUUUAUUACUUAUAUCACUGUGCAGAACAAGUGUGGGUGGUGCUAUAAGCAAGCGGAGCUGAAAUAUGCUUCAAGGAAUGCUGUCAGACUAAAUAUGGUCAUGUAUACUAUACAGUUCUGAAGGCAAUGUUAACAAAACAGCCUUAGAUUUUUUUUCAUGCAUUGUCUGACUUGUAAUUUUUGUGUUUUGAUACCUUCUACCAAGGACAGUAUUAUCGGAAGGAGAGGGUUUAACAUUUGUAUUAUUGUUGUUUGUUUCUAUCAGGCUGAUAAUGCUCAUAGAGGGAAAUGGAAAUAUCAGAUUCCUUCCAGCAUCUCCACAAACCAGAAAAAAAAGUGAAAUAAUCAAUUAUUUUCUCAAUUCUUUUAAUUUUUUGACCAUUCUUUACAGCCCUACACAAUCGGGCCGCAAGGAAUUGUAGUGAAAUGUGACUUGAGUCAACAUGUGCUGCCAAAAGAAUCCAAGCAGAUGUUUGUAAUUACUAAUCAAAAAUGCAGUGACCUAAUUAUAAGGACAGAAGUUUAUGAAUUUAUGCAAAAUAGUUGCAAAAGAUGUUUAACCACUGGAUCCAGGUCACUUUAUUUCAUGGAAAAGCAAAGGCUCAGUUUGCCAGAAUAGGUUCUGCAGAUUUGGCCCUCCCCCUACAUUUCAUAGGUUUUUUUAUCUGCAAAGUGGGAAGAUAAAGAAGUUUGUGUUCAGACUGAACUGUUUGUAUAUUCAACAUUUGAAGUAUAUUCUAUUUUGUUGUACUCUUGUUUCAAAGUGUAUUAAAGUAGAUUUUACUGAUUAUUAAAAAAAAACAAGAAACCUGA